AUGGAAUGUCAGCAGCACCCACAGCCGCAGCCACAGCGACCUCAGCGCCGACGUCGAAGACCAGCUCUCUCUUGUCGGGAAUGCCGUCGCCGCAAGAUCAAGUGCGAUCACAAUAACCCUUGCGUGCACUGUUUGCGUCACAAGACCCGAUGUAUAUACAAGCCCUAUACCGAUGGCCUUGAUGACAGGCCCAUCACCGGGACUAACCAGCAGCAUGAGCAUGAUUUCCCCGCCAGUUCACCGCUUCGCCAAACUGCAAGCCCACCGCCGUCAGACAGCUCGGCUCCCCGACAGCUCGCUCAGGCUGGGGACAGGGACUCGGAUAACAUCAACGGAUCCAUCCCCGUGCCUCUCCAGGGCAGCAACUCAUCCACGCCCUGCGUCACAGCACCGGCAGCGGCAACCGCGGCCCAGAAGGUCGCCAUACCGGCUCGUGACCUGCGACAACCUCAUCCGGACCAGGGCCCGGAUGAGGAAGCCACUUUCCGUGAUCUUCUGUUUCGGAUACAGCGGCUGGAAGAAUCUUCAGCAGGCGGAUCUCGAAUCAGUGACAGUCCUCUCCACAGGGCCAAUGGACGAUCUGAGGCGAGCGCGGUCUCUCUGGCAUCUCGGUCGCCGGCCGGGUCGCAAGAGUGGCAAGCUGUCCUGAACAAGUCCAGGGAUUGGGGCCGGAGUCGUUGGAUGGGCGGGGCUAAUGAAUUCACCGCCAUCAUUGCCUGCUACAGUCAGAUCAUGGGCAAGAGUAGCAAGGACGGCUUGUUUCAAGGCCCUGAGACCUCUGCGCUGAUCUCCCAGGCCACUGACUUCCUCCAGAAAUGCAAGAAUAGAGCGAGGAUCAUCAAGACCGGCCGGCCCACCAGAGGUCUCCUGUAUCGGAUACUUCACGUCCCUACCUUCUGGGUCGAGUACCAAAGAUAUUGGGACAACCCUGACGGUGUUGCACCUAGUCUACGCCUCAAGGUUCUCCUCGCCAUCGGCAUAGGAUCAAGUCUGUACGAUCAUGGACACAGAGCUGCAGCUCUUCGCAAUAUAGAUUUGGUUCAGCAAUGGAUCUAUGCUGCUCAGACAUGGCUGUCUGGGCCGUUGGAAAAGGACCGCCUGGAAAUCUCUGGGCUGCAGAUAUACUGCUUGAGUAUCCUGGCCCGGCAGAUCUUCUCAAUCGGCGGCGAUACAAUAUGGAUCUCAAUUGGAUCGCUUAUCCACAGCGCCAUGCAACUUGGGUUGCACCGGGACCCUAAGCAUCUCCCAGCUAUAUCAGUGCUGCAGGCCGAACUGCGCCGGAGGCUUUGGUAUACUAUUCUUGAAUUCAAUGUCCAGUCAUCCCUGGAUUCAUGGAUGCCGCCAAGGAUCUCCUUUGAUGAAUUUGAUACUGAGCCGCCCUCCAAUAUUAACGACGAUGUGCUCGACGAGCUAACAACCAAAUUCCAGUCAUGCCCAAAGGGGACCUUGACCGCAACAUCUGUCCAGCUUGCCUUGAUCGAUACGCUGUCCGUCCGCCUGCAGAUCGUUCAGCUCCUCAACGGCCUCCAUUCCGAACUCUCCUAUGACCGUGUCCUCUCACUAAGCUCUGAUCUGAUUGACGCGCUUCAGGCCUGCAGUCGCUGGGUGAAGGAUGGCGACGGGUCAACCCCGUUCCAGCGGAACCUGCUAGACUACUUGAUCCGCCGGUUCAUGAUCCCCCUGCACUACUCCUUCAGCAACCAGGCGUGCACUAACCCGCUCUUCCACUACUCGCUCAAGCUCAGCCUCGACGCCGCCCUCGCUAUGGUGUCUCCAGAGCCGGACCACAGCUUUGCCCGGCUGAUGGCCACCGGCGGCGGGCCUUCCGGGAGGGCCAUCAGUCUUGAGCUGCUCGCGCAUGUCGAGACCCAGCGCCUGAACGGCACACUGCACCGGACGCGUCAGUACCGGGACUUCCUCAAACAGGCCGUCCACGACCUCAUCUCACUGUCGGAGGAACGCAUCCGGCAGGGCGAGACGAACGUGAAGAACCACACGUUUCUGAGCAUGAUUCUCGCGCAGGCCGAAGCGUUGCGGGUUGUGCGCGCCGCGAGAGAUAGUUUGGAGCUGUGCAAUACUCUACUGAAGACGAGGGAGGAUACCGGGUCGAUGCCGUCGCCUGACGAUGCGGGACUGGCGGCGGGGAUGGAAGGGGUCCAGGAGGUGGCCUUCGAAGGGUUUGGACCAGUCUUUGGGUGGGAGUCUUUCUUUCCGGACGCGGGCCUUGGUCAUAGCUGGGGGUUUGGGAACUUAGAUAGUUAG